GCAUGGUGGCUAAGAGGAGACACCGAUCUCUCUUUCUGUCAUCACCACGUUUCGACGUUACUUCCUCCACUCUUCCAUACUCCAAGACUUUCAAUUUUAUAUAUAAACACAAUUAACAAUUAAGACCCACAAUCACAACACAACACCAUUUUUUCAUCCCCAUUUUCUCAAACAAAAAACUAUGGCCUCUUCUUCUCUCAAUCUCUCUUCUUCUUCCUCAACGCCACUCUCAUCUUUCCGGGUAUCCAAUCAAUUCAAAUUAUUCAGUGAUUUCCCUCCUUCCAAACUGAAUUAUAGAUUUGCUUCGAGUCGUAAUGCUGCUUUUAGGGUUAAAGCUACAUUAGCAACCGGAGGGGGUGACCUGCUUUCUUAUCCAAAAAAUAGCAAUGAAGUUGUCAUAGGUAAAGAUCUGGUUGUUGUUGAUGAGUCGACGCUGAGCUCGGGGAUAACAAGCAUUUCUUUCCCUGCUGACAACAAUGAAUUUGAUUUGGACAGUCCCGCAGAAGGUUUCGCUUCUAUUCCUGAGGCCAUUGAAGACAUUCGCCAAGGAAAGAUGGUGGUGGUUGUAGACGAUGAAGAUAGAGAAAAUGAAGGAGACUUGAUAAUGGCAGCACAGUUGGCGACACCUGAAGCUAUGGCUUUUAUUGUAAAGCAUGGAACUGGCAUAGUUUGUGUAAGCAUGAAAGAGGAUGAUCUUGAUAGAUUGGAACUUCCUUUGAUGGUUGACAGUAAGGCUAAUGCCGAAAAACUUUCUACGGCGUUCACUGUGACAGUGGAUGCUAAACAUGGUACAACCACAGGGGUGUCAGCUCAUGAUAGGGCAACUACAGUCUUGGCACUUGCAUCUAGAGAUUCAACUCCGGGUGAUUUCAACCGCCCAGGCCAUAUUUUUCCACUAAAAUACAGGGAUGGUGGUGUCUUGAAGAGAGCUGGACAUACAGAAGCUUCAGUUGAUCUUACCGUACUUGCUGGUUUGGAUCCGGUGUCAGUUCUGUGUGAGAUUGUAGAUGAUGAUGGUUCCAUGGCUAGAUUGCCUAAGCUUCGCCAGUUUGCCAAGCGUGAGAAUUUGAAAAUUGUAUCUAUUGCUGACUUGAUAAGAUAUAGAAGAAAGCAAGAUAAAUUAGUAGAACGCUCUUCUGCUGCAAGAAUACCUACAAUGUGGGGGCCAUUCACAUCAUAUUGUUAUAAGUCUCUGUUAGACGGGAUUGAGCAUAUUGCAAUGGUUAAGGGUGACAUUGGAGAUGGAGAAGAUGUUCUUGUUAGGGUACACUCGGAGUGUCUAACUGGAGACAUAUUUGGAUCUGCCAGAUGUGACUGUGGAAAUCAGCUUGCACUUGCAAUGCAACAGAUUGAGGCUGCCGGUAGAGGUGUACUUGUAUAUCUACGCGGACAUGAAGGUAGGGGUAUUGGUUUGGGCCACAAGCUCCGUGCUUAUAAUCUACAAGAUGAUGGACGCGAUACCGUAGAAGCCAAUGAGGAGUUGGGAUUGCCUGUUGACUCUAGGGAGUACGGCAUUGGUGCACAGAUACUGAGGGAUCUAGGUGUUCAAUCUAUGAAGUUGAUGACUAACAAUCCAUCAAAAUAUAUUGGUCUCAAAGGUUAUGGUUUAACCGUUUCUGGUAGGAUACCGUUGUUAACUCUCAUCACUUCAGAGAACAAGAGAUAUUUGGAGACAAAACGUGUGAAAAUGGGUCACAUCUAUGGCACGGAACAUAACAGUGGCAAUGUUAAAACUAAUAGUGUUGAAGAUUCAAAUUCAAAUGGUGCUACUGGCCUUUGAAGAACCCUUAUUUUUCAUGCAGGAUGCAUAUGUCAGAUGCAGCAGAAGUCAACACUUCCGCAGAAUCCAAUAUGUGACAGUUGAUUAAUUAAUUCUAAUUAUGAAUUGAUUAUUUGCAUAAUUGUUUUGCCUGAUUUUCUUCAACCCAACACUACUUAGUUACACUUCAUUCAUUAUAGAUAAGGCCAUUGCCAAAACAAGUUUCUGGUUUCCUUGUCUUUCUUUUGUUGUCUAUUAUAGAGAUUCAACAUAUUGUAUUGUAUUACUGGAAUAUAUAAAUCAUGUUUCUUUCUUCA